AUGUUAUUGGUGAUAAUAUGAUAACUGAUAAGAUUGGCUAGGACCACGAAUAAAGAUACUAACUUUUUAGUACAGAUUUAAACUAUUUUUUAACACUGGUAUCAGACGUACACUACACGUCUUAGGCAGUCAAUCACAUUAUUCAAACCAAAUAUCAAUAUUCCAUAUUUUCAAUUUUUUUCAAUUUCUAUUCCAUUAUUAGAAAUCUCGUGCUACAUUGCCGUCGAGUUCGAUCAGACUAGAUCAUUUAAAAUUUUAUCAUUUUUACUUUUUAGGUGUAUGAAAUUUAUGUGUCAUGACGGAAUUAUUAGAAGACGAUAUUGAUACUGGACCUUCAGAACUAGAUAGAACAUUUGUUUUUGAAGAUGAAGGACAUACACUGGGUUCACUUUUAACCUAUAUUUUAGAAAGUUUUCCUGAAACAGAUUUUUGUGCUUAUUCCAUAAGGCAUCCAUCAGAAAAUAAAAUUUAUUUACGGUUAAAAGUAAAAAAUGGUCACACUGUUGAAGAUAUUUUCAAACGUGGUUUUCAAGAGCUUAAUCAAAUGUUAAAUCAUGUUAAAAAAACAUUUAAUAAAGCCAUUUCAGCUUAUGAAGAAAUUAGAACUACUGAAUAAGACUCAAGUUUUAUUUAAAACCAUAUGAAUAAAAAUUAAAAAUUGUACUUGACUAAUAUAAAAAAAAAUACAAUAGUGAUUAUAAGACUUUAUAUCGAGCUUUAUUGACCAUGUGAUGUGCAGAAGUCUGCAUUUUUAAUAAUUCUUCCUUGAUAAGACGAGUGAUUUCUA